AGACAGCGAAUUCUACGAUGGCCGAGUGGAAAACAUGGAUCACCGCUACCUUUACCUGGAUGUACAUUGGUACCCAAGACGCCUGGGCUGUAUUUAUAAUCGUUCUGUACUUCUCCAAAUACGGCAACAUGAAACUGGGAAAACCGGAUGAAAAACCUGAAUUCAAAGACGCGACCUACUUCACCAUGCUGUUUGCCGCUGGCAUAGGGAUCGGUUUAUUCUACUUCGGAGUGGCUGAACCAGUAUGGCACUACGCACCUGGUAAACAUGGAAACCGCUAUUGGGACAGGUACACUGACAAUCAACGCGCUCAAGACUCCAUCAACUUAACUUUAUUCCACUGGGGAAUUCACGGAUGGAUUGUGUACGUUGUAGUUGGCCUUCUCCUUGCCUUUGUAGGAUACAGACAAGGGCUUCCCAUGACAAUGCGCUCCUGCAUGUACCCCCUCAUAGGUGACAAGAUUUAUGGAUGGAUGGGCGACGCCAUCGACAUAAUAUCAGUGGUUUGUACCAUGUUUGGCGUUUGUACAAGCUUGGGACUGGGUGUUAUGCAGCUCAAUGCCGGUGUCCAUCGCUUAGAAAGUUCAGUAGAGGUCAGCACCUUGAAUCAAAUUAUCAUUAUCUGGUGCGUAACGGCCUGUGCUACCGUCUCGGUCAUCAGUGGACUAAAACUGGGCAUCCGACGCCUAAGCGAGACUUGUUUUGCCUUAGGCGUGUUCAUUAUGAUGCUCGUGUUCUUCUUUGACUCUCCAUGGCACACACUGAACUUGCUCGUCCAGAGCACUGGUUAUUACAUGCAAACUGUUAUCCAACUUGGCUUCCACACCGACGCCUUUGCUCAACUUGGAAAUGCACCUGAUGGCAAGGAAAAUCCUGGGUGGAUGGACGCAUGGACCAUUUUCUACUGGGGAUGGUGGAUUGCUUGGUCACCCUUCGUUGGCAUGUUCAUCGCAAAGAUAUCCAGAGGAAGAACCAUUAGACAGUUCAUCAACGCAACACUCACCGCACCAGUGGCCUUCUCAAUCUUAUGGUUCAGCGUUUUUGGAGGAGCAGGACUUAAAAUGGAAAGAGAUGCUACUCUGGCCAAUAUAACAUGUGACUUACCUAAGGGCGGAACAAACGCUACCGAAUCUCUGAACGGUUUAUUCCGCCUGUCCUGUCGUGAUAAGAAUGACAUGUGGUUCGAUGUAAUGAGCCAAUAUGGAGACAUGGGAAGUUUUCUUUCCGUGCUCUCCUUGAUCGGCAUUGUCCUUUACUUCGUCACAAGCUCUGACAGUGGUUCACUCGUUAUAGACUGCCUGUCAGCCAAUGGCGACCCAAAGCCACCAGUCCUACAACGAGUCUUUUGGGCUCUAACAGAAGGUGCUACAGCCACUGCUCUUCUUUACGUCGGAGAAGAAAAAGCACUGAAUGCCUUGCAAACAGUUUCUAUCGCGUCUGGAGUGCCAUACACAAUCAUGCUCUGCUUUAUGUGCGUGGCACUAUGGCGGGCCGUCAAAGUAGAGGCUGGAGACCUGGAUCCUAACGGUCCACAAUUCACCACUGGACUUCUGGAUGUUUUAAGUAUCCCAACCGUCGAGAGCGUAUGUAAAGUAAUCAUCAGCAUCUUUGCUCCCUGGUACUCCAUGGGAACUGCAGCUGGAAUGGUAGAGAAACCAAAUGGUAGAAAGUGGACCCAUAUGCUGAUCAUGGCGCUACCGUUCUACGCUUGUAUUUCCAUGCUGGUUCUGGAACGCCUCUACGUUUUUUCAGGGAUCUGCUACGUUGGAUGGACUCUGCUUUUUGGUUUCUUCGCCUAUGCUACCGGGGUACGCAACUCGAUCCGCGAGAAAUACGAAAUCAACGGAAACGUAGCUGAAGACUUCUUCGCAGUCAUGGUGUUAUAUCCAUUUGCUGCUUACCAGAUGGAACACCACAUGAAAAACCAUAAGCCGACGAAUCAUAUCCAAAAUGGACACUGUCUACCUGAGUCAUGUUGUAUACCUCUCGGAGAGAUGGAAAAACUAAUGGAUCCAGAUGCUAGAAAAACGGACGUAUAAUGUUUUUAACUCUUAGUAUAGAUAUCAUUUUAUGGGACUUAUAGUAUAAUUAAAAAAUUUUAAUUUAAAGUUCUUGUUCUGUUUAUGAUCAAUUUUAAGGACAAAUAUCAUAAAUUAUAAUCUUCAUAAGACAACAGGAAACGACAACUUUGAGAAGCUUUGCACGGAGAUUGCUAGGGCGCACAAUUUUCCAGCAGCUUGUUGAAUAAUAUGUAAAUAUUUAAUUUUAUUUAAAAUUUUGUAGGUAAAAAUUUUAUUUUUCGCAUGUUUUAACAGUAGCUCCGCUAAUAACACAUGACUGCAAAGUGUUGCAAAGCACAGUAAAGCAUUUUGAUAUGGAGAGUGCGCUGUACAAAUGCAUCAUUUUCGUUAUCUUUAUAUUUAGGACGAUGGUCACCUUUGAUCUUUAAAAAUAAUGCGAUGUAAGUAAAUUUGCACAUCUACAACUAUUAGAGAAUCGGCGACUGCUGUAACCUCAAAAGGUUGCCUAAGCGGCUGAGUAGACAAUUCGAACGCAUAUAGAAUGUGAAGCGAUCUUUAAUGAUUUUAGAAGAUAGCGCUGAGACGUAGGUUGUAUAGGUGGUAUGGUAUGGUAAGGAACUCAGAGAAAAUACAACAGAAACUAAACUGCGUUGCGAAAUGUUACAUUAACCUAACUUAAAAUGAAGCAAUUGCACAGAAAGAUGAAUACGACAACAACGCCAAUAAUACAGACAAAAGUUAAACAUCGUAAAUGCAGAAGAGAUAAAGACUUACUUUGUUCAGCUCCUAAUGAUAGCACAUAACUGACAGCGAUAGCAUCUAAGAACAAACUGAUAUCUAGUAACAAUGAUCGAAAUCCAAUCUCUUAUACACGUCUUUGAACAAACUUAUUAUGUAAUAAUCAUUAACUAACGAAAGGCUGAACAAAACGAUAAUAAAGAGUUUACUAACUAAGCGUUUGGAAACUAACAACUGCAUCAACUGAAGUGACAUUUUGAAUUAACGAUUCAAUGACUGUUUAUAGUAAUAUUUAUGGAAAUGAAACCUACCUGGCUGACAUGUCCAAGGCUGCCAGUUUCGAGGGUUAGAGUAGACUAUAGAUUAUCACUUUUUGGUUAACGGUACGUUAACCAGGUUACAAAUGUACUGGAUACCGCCGAACUUUCACUCAAGUGUUAUCAGUAAUUUCGCCCAAAAGGAAAUGAAUGAAGGGGAAUCUCACUUUAUGUACAUGUACUUGAAAUUCGUACCCUUAUCAGCGUAAAAAUGUUCGUUGAUAGCCCUAUAAUGGAGUAAAUGAAGGGAAAUUCG